GACCUGCUUGUACUUCAUAUCUAGCCGAUGAGCAGCAUACAGAGACCUUGAGGUUGAAUCUUUGGAUGCUACCCCUUCCAGAUGUGAGAACACGAUAUGGCAAGAAUGUCCAGACUGAGAGCCGUACUGAUAGACCUCAGUGGGACUAUUCACAUAGAGGAUGUUGCCAUACCAGGAGCUGUAGCAGCCCUGAAGUGUCUGCGAGAGAAAACUACAAACAUCAAGUUUGUAACCAAUACUACCAAGGAGAGCAUGGCGAUGCUUCACAGCCGUCUCACAAGGAUUGGCUUCGAUAUCAAAACGAAUGAGUUGUUCUCUUCCCUUACUGCUGCAAGAAAUAAGAUCAAAGACAUGGGCUCUAGACCAAUGUUACUACUUCAAGACAGUGCAAAGGAAGACUUCAAAGAUAUUUGUACAGAUGAUCCAAACUGCGUUGUGGUAGGCCUGUCUCCUGACAGUUUCAACUACAGCACAUUAAAUAAAGCAUUCAGGUUGAUUCUUGAUGGUCAUCCUCUCAUUGCGAUUCACAAGGCCAAGUAUUUCAAGAGGCAUGAUGGGUUAGCUCUCGGACCUGGGGCAUUUGUUGAAGGGCUGGAGUACGCAACAGGCAUCACCGCUACGGUGGUGGGCAAACCAGAGAGGGCGUUCUAUGAGGAGGCUCUGAAAACGAUGUCUUGUGUUCCCGAAGAGGCUGUGAUGAUAGGAGAUGAUGUAGAAGGUGAUGUAGAAGGAGCACAGUGCAUAGGCAUGAAAGGGAUCCUUGUGAAAACAGGUAAAUACAGAGAAGGUGAUGAGGAGAAGAUAACUCAACCUCCGACGGCGAUAUGUCAGGAUUUUCCUGCUGCUGUUGAGCUCCUGCUGAGAGAUUACUUAUGACACAAUACCUUGUGAAAUAUCUACGUUUUCAUCAUUAUCACUAUUAAUUAUUGUGCAAUGUGGUGCUAAAGAAUGCAAGUAGGUUUUGAUAUUUGUGAGUGAUAUUAUAACACUAACUUUCUUGAUAAACUGAUUCAAAGCAAGAGAAAAUUAAAGAUUUUUUUUCAAGCAUCAUCAUUUGAUAUGUACUGUACAUUUUGCUUGCCCUUCCUUGACAAAAAGUUCACCUUAGUCACCACAAACCACUAAAAAACUGAAAUUUAUGCAUUUUAUAUUACAUAACAUAUGGCAGCUGCCAAAUCCAAAACUUAAAAUUCUAAUAACUUAAUCUUUGAUGGAUUUUCCUCAAAUCUUCACCAAUAGGAUUUAUUAUUUUUUCUGCUAUUUUUAUAAUACAAUUUGGGUGAUUCCAUAUGUGUCGCACGGGACAUUUUGACAACAAUUUAUAGUCUCAUAGCUGAAUGCUUGAGCAAAAAAACUUUCUUUUUUGUCGAUAAAGUUAAAGCAGGUAGUGAUGUGAAACACUGAUAAACAACAAAAAAAUGUUUUAAUAUGGGUGAAUUAAAGGUGAAAAUUAACAAAAAUGUCCCGUACAACACGCAACAUUUUCACCCCAAAUUCAUCAAUGGAAAACAUAUUUUUGUUGGUUAUCACUUUUUAACAUAACUACCCAGUACUACUGUAAUAUUACCACAAAACAAAUUGAAGUUCCUCAUUUGUUUGGAAAUGAGGUUGAAAACUCGUGAAAAUGUCUGACUUUUCUAGCAUAGAAUUGCCCUUUUAGAAGUGUGUAAAACAUUUGUAAAACCUACUUUUGAGUUAAACUGUUUAGCUUUGAGUAGGUCUAAAUGUUACAUACCCAAAUGAGAUAGGAUAUACUAGGUUAUAAUUAGAUCUAUAUAGUCACGAGUCUGAUGAAAUUAGAUAGAAGACCCCCCCCCCCCAAAAAAAAAAAAAAACAAGCCCACACACCUUUGAUGAAGGAGUUCCAGGUGAAUAAAAAGCCGGUCUUUUUAAUCGAGCUGACAAUGGCAGUUUACAUGGUGUUGAAGGUUGUUUUUGGUCGGGAAGAGGGUCUACUUUGCAUUGAUUCUUCUUGGUUCUUUGAAAGAUUUACCUAAGCUCUGUCUGGAGUCCAUCCAGUUUCACAGCCUUGUGCACUUUACACAUGCAUUUGUCACAUACAAACUGUUCACGAUACGUUGAAUUGUCAUUCAAAUCUCCGAAAAUGCUCUCAAAAUGUUCCCUAUCUCCCUGUUUUCUUGCUCGUGAUGAAUCAAGUCGUGUAUAAUGUUUACAAGAGAUCAAUUCGGUAUUACAGACAAUGCACCUCCGAUUCGAAGUCGCCAUCUUCGAAACUUGAUAAAAGUUUACGUACGGUAUUGAAUAAUAGCCAAAACUUCCAACCAGUGGCGAAGCAGCAUGGGCUAUGCAUGACCGAAUCGAAGCCGGGUCGGCUAGGCCUGGCGCCCUGGGAUCACUGAAGGUGCCUCAUUGUUGGUGAAUCGAAACUUACACACACACACUCUCUACUUAUGAAUAUUCAUGAGCAUUGCCGGCGAAGGGGCUGGUCUCGGCAUUACGUUAGAAUAAUUGCAGGUGAACUUUUGAACCCUUCUCCUGGCAGAGCUAUCUAGAUGUUGGUGAGGGGCGUGAAAGAGGGGAUAGCGCGAUCACUGGGGAUGGCACGCAGGGGAGAAUGAAGAAAGGGGAGAGAAAUAACAAGUACACCGACGUCUAGAAUCUAGACUACUCAGGGCGAUGCUCAAAAGAGUCCUGGAAAAUCCAAAUUCAUUUCAAUGUUUAAGCUUGCCCGUUGUUGCAGAUUUACUCAGUCGUAGGUUGUGGGAAAAAAAACCCAAAAGGAAUUACUAUUUUGCCUGAGGUGUACAUCAUGGUCACACAAGUGAACUGAUGCCAACAUCUUUCAACUUCAUUCAUCACUGUCACUAACGAUUACAGGUCUUUGGUAUUCAUCCUCCGAAACUUCGCUACAGUUUUCAUCUGACUCGUACAAGGUAAAUUCUUGGUCACUUCCAUCUACAUGUGGGCUUCUUCCAAGAGUACUGCAAACAAUGGCCCAAACAUCUGGAGCAAUCUUUCGGGGCAAAGUGUACCUUCGUGUAAAUGAAGCGAAGUUCAUUUCGACGUUACAUUCCUUGACAAUUUGUUCUAUGGUUGGUGUAGACAGACCACAGGCAAUAUCCGCUCCGCAGUAUAUAAAGUUUGGUUCUGCCGACAGAAGAUUGUCUCGAUAAUCAUCCAGAGCUCGCUCUAAACUGGUGACUUGGUUUGGAGAAGGAAUGUUCAGCGGGAACUCUUCACAAAUUCCCUUUUCAAGCGACUUUCGGACAUUGUUUUCAAAGGGACCAAUUGCAUUUCCUCCACAACCGCACUCCGCUGUACAUAUGUCACAGCAAUUGUGUGGGACAACUGUUUCCAGAGUUGUAACAUCACUCGCAGCCCCAAACACCUCCCUGAUGAUCCUUCUCCUACAGCGAGUGCCUCCAAUGAAGUCUUUCAUUGAUGAUGAUGAUGCUCUUCCUGCGAUGUCUCCAGGGUAACAUAUAGUAAUUGCAAUGCUUGGCUUGCCAUCCCGACCCACCCGUCCACUCAUUUGGAUGUAAUCGUCCAGUGCGCUGGUCCUCCCACACAAAACUGCUCUAUGCACUUGACUGGGAUCGACUCCCAUACCGUAAGCGAUGGUUGCGAUCAGUACUCUUACUUCUCCUUGAGGUAUUGCCAUUGAUUCGAUUAUUUUUUCCUGGAUAUCGUGUUCAGAGUUCGUAUGGUACAUGUUCACAUACCUAUGGCAAUCUCUCAGCAGCAGAGCGAUGAAUGCUUUGUAACACGCGGAAACUGAUGCAGAAAGAUGACACACGACACCAUUCCUUGUGUUUCGGUUCGUUUAAUAAUCGAUGACUCGUUAUUUACAAAAUUCCAAAUACAAGAACAAAAGAUAAAACCUGCAAAAAUCCCAGUCUCAGAUUGAGGUUCUCGAAAUAAACAUUGAUACUUUAUCCUGACUAAACCUAGCAGUACUCCUAGCCAAAUCCCAGUUACAAAUCAGAAAGAUCAGCAUAUUACAAUAUAAUAACCUAUAACACACAGAAACAUAAAAGUAAAACACUUUCAUCAACACGUGGGCUCCCCUACUUUUUCAAAAGUAGCCCCUAAAACUAUCAAAUACACAUUCUGGAUCAAACAAUUAACAUUAAUUCACGCCAUAACUUAAUUAAACCGAAUAUUAAUCAAGACCCAAAUCUAAACUAAAAAAGUAGACUUCAAGUAUCAGACAAAGAAAUGCCUCAACUAUUCACAAGUUAAUCAUGUUUGCCAAACCCAGAGCUUACUCUGCACAUACUGUACUCCCUCCUAUCAACAUAUAAAAUACUGGUGUCUCUGGCCUCCUACACCCUAAUGUGUGGUUCCCAUCCAACCAGCCAAAAUUACAUAAGAAAGGGGGCUUGGACUGUUCCAAAACACAGCAUUACCAUGACAACACAAAAUGAACCUUGAACAGUACUCAGUGUUCCCUUGACCAAAGCUAUUUGAUCUGAAAACUCUUACAGGGUAUCUCAUAAAAUACCUACCCACUAGUAUUAAUCCCUAUCAAAUACAUUGUAGCCCCACAUUACUUUCAAACAAACUACAUUUUGGCUACAUCAUUCACACAAUGCACACACACAAAUACAUCUUAAAGCUACGUUCAUAUUUACAAAUUCAAGAUGUCCAAACAGACGGAUGAGCUCCUCAGAUUGUCAGGGUUUGAACUUGGUUGUAUCCAACGACGAACAUCGAUCCUGCUGACUACGCCACUUGUAACACGAGGAAACUGAUGCAGAAAGAUGACACACGACACAAUUCCUUGUGUUUCGGUUCGUUUAAUAAUCGAUGACUCGUUAUAUACAAAAUUCCCAAUAAAAGAACAAAAGAUAAAAC